AUGACAAUGAAAUUAGCUCUCUUUGUUUCCCUUAUGAUUGCUGCACUAGGAGCUCCAAUAUCUGAAGCCGAACCAGGGCUUGGAAGUAUCGUCUUCAAUUUGAUCCACAUCCAGGGGACUCUGUAUUGCAUAGUCAACACCAGUAUGGGUACCAAUGGUACCGCCACCCCUGUUUUCCCAAAUGCUGAAGUACUGCUCUCGUGUGGAGCUAGAGGACACGUGGUUGCUUCUGGUUAUAAUUAUACCAAUGCCACAGGACGAUUUUUGAUUUCCAUGGAUCCUCAACAGUAUUUUGUUCCUAUAUUAUUGAAGAGUUGCAAAUUAGUGAUUAUCUCACCCUUCGAUCAGUGCAUUUCCAAAUCUACCGUAGGGCGCUUGGUAUCAUCCUUGAAGUACAUAGGGAAAACUGUUUUCGGGGAUAUUACAGUUGUGAACAUUAUUCCAAAUGGAUUUAUUCUCGUUCACCCAACUUGA